AUGGCAAAGUCACUACAAUCUGGUGAACAUUCGCGUUUCAGUGAUCUUUUGGAUGAACCUGUCGAUCAUCUGUUACUACCAAUAAAAGGUUACCAAGAUAAACCACUUGUUCCACUCAUUGAAGCUGUUCAACCUGUUUCCCAAUUUUUCAAUGAAAUUGAAGAUAAUGUUUUUGUCGCUUUACACAAUUGUCAGAAUCCAGAUGAUAAGCUAACUCGAGAUGAAUCUGCUUCGAUCCAUCUAUAUACAAUGCAUUUUGAUGACGGUCCCAGUUUAUAUCUUUUACUUAAUCGAUCAUUACGCGGUGAAAAUCGUGAAGCUUUGAAACCAUGGUUUUCUUUUUUCAAAUUAUUUAUGACUGCUUUAUAUAAAUUACCGUCACAAAGUGUUAUCGUAUGGCGUGGUGUUCGAGAUAUUGAUUUAAGUUCAAAAUACAAAACUGGUACAAAAUUUGCAUGGUGGGGAGUAAUUUCAUGUACUACUAACAUGGAAGUACUUGAAUCAGAUCAAAUUUUGGGUAAACAUGGGCAACGUACCCUUUUUUCAAUUGAAUGUAUAAAUGGAAAAUCGGUAGCAUCUCAUUCAUAUUUCAAAAAUGCAGAAAAAGAAAUAAUUCUUAUGCCAGGUUCUUAUUUCGAAGUUACCGGUCAAGUAAAUCCUGCUCCUGAACUUCAUAUUAUUCAUCUGAAAGAAAUUACACCACCUAUUACACUUAUCAAACCACCGUUUUCCAAAUCUAUUAACAUCUCGUCUCCUUCAAUACCUCAUAAACCAAGUACAGUGGCUCAAUCGGUAUCGAAGAUGAGCACACAAAACAGUGCCGCCGACGUUUUUUCAGUAGAAAUCUCGUCUAAAUCAAGCACAUCUGUUCAAUCGACAUCAGGUGGAGUCACUCUAAGCGCGAAUUCCAACACCAUCGCAAAAGAAAUAUCACCAAAAUUAAAUGCAGUUGCUCAACCAAUAUCUAGUACGACUAUACAAAACACGACUUCAAAGAGCUCUUCAAAAUCAAUACCGCCGAAACUAAAAACGAAAUGGCGACAAGAUGGAAUUAAUAUCUCUGACGGUUAUUGUUAUGAUGGUGAAGAGGACGGACUGUCUGGCCCUUGUGGUCUAUGUGUAGAUGAUGAUCAGAGGGUUUAUAUAGCUGACAGUGGAAAUCAUCGGAUUGUUGCACUAAAUCAAGACUCCGCAUGUUUCGAACUCAUUGCAGGCGGAAAUGGCGAAGGAUAUGGAAAUAAUCAAUUGAAUUUUCCAGUGGAUGUGAUAAUUGAUAAAGAAAAUGAUUGUUUUAUUGUUUCUGAUUAUAACAACAAACGAGUAAUGCGAUGGUAUCGAGGAAAGAAUAGAAAUGGGCAAACUCUCAUCUCUGAUAUUGGUUGUUGGGGUCUAGCUAUGGACAAGGACGGGAAUAUUUAUGUCUCUGAUUUUGAUGAACAUCUGGUACGACGAUGGAGGAUAGGAGAUGAUUACGGAACGAUAGUAGCAGGCGGAAAUGAACAAGGUGAUAGUUUCAACCAGUUAAAUUGUCCUACUUAUAUCUUCGUUGAUGAGGAUUAUUCAUUAUACGUAUCAGAUAGUGCAAACCAUCGAGUAAUGAAAUGGAUACCUCAUGCAACAGAAGGAAUUGUUGUGGCGGGGGGAAAUGAUGAAGGAAGUAACCUGACACAACUGUCUGACCCUCAAGGGGUGAGCGUCAAUCACUUGGGUGAAAUAUAUGUAGCGGAUCUUUACAACCAUCGAGUAAUGCUUUGGUACGAAGGAACUACUCAAGGAAUUGUUGUUGGUGGAUAUGGGGCAGGCGAUGAACCAGAACAGUUACAUAAUCCUCAGGAUUUGGCAUUCGAUGGUCAAGGUAAUCUAUAUGUCGUUGAUCAUGGCAAUGGUCGAAUACAGAAAUUUGAAAUGGGUAAUGGUGUAAAGCUCGUGUUAUGA